UGUGUGUGUGUGUGUGUGUGUUUGUGUGUGUGUGUGUGUGUGUGUGUGUGUGUGUGUGUCUGUGUGUGUGUUAUGUUUGCUUGUACUGAUGUUUCACUGUACAAAGAGGACGUAAUACUUAAUGCACCACCAUGAGCCGGACCACCUUUUUUGAGGUGAGGAUCCUGGAUGCCAACACAAAAGAGCAUCUUUGUUUUUUAGAUAAGGUGGAGCCCUACUCAACGGUAGGAGACAUCAAGAGCCUUUUUCACAAAUCCUAUCCUCAGUGGUAUCCAACAAGACAGGCCCUGAGACUUGAUCCCAAGGAAAAACCACUCCGAGAUGAUGAAAUCUUACAGAAUCUACCAGUUGGGACCACUGCCACCAUGUUCUUCAGAGAUCUUGGUCCGCAGUUAGGUUGGACUAUGGUGUUCAUGGCAGAGUGCAUUGGGCCUCUUCUCACCUACCUCCUCUUUUAUUUUCGAGUGCCGUACAUUUACUCACACGAAUAUGGCUUUACCUCAAAUCCCCAUCCAGUCGUCAGACUGGCUUGUGCCUGUCACACCUUCCACUACAUGAAGAGGCUGAUGGAGACUAUCUUUGUGCAUCGUUUCUCCCAUGGGACCAUGCCUCUCGGGACAAUGGUCAGGAAUUGCACCUAUUACUGGGGCUUCUCAGCUUGGCUGGCAUACUACAUCAAUCACCCUCUUUACACACCUCCAUCAUAUGGAGCACUCCAAGUCAACUAUGCAUUAGUCAUGUUUGCUAUGUGUGAACUUGGAAACUUCUCCAUUCACUUGACUCUUACUCAUCUCAGAGGAGAGGGGUCCAGGAGCAGACGGUUUCCCACGCCAACAAAGAACCCCUUCACAUGGCUAUUUUUCUUUGUAUCCUGUCCAAAUUACACGUAUGAGGUCGGAGCUUGGGUGAGCUUCUCCAUCAUGACCCAGUGUCUCCCAGUGGCGUUGUACACAUUACUAGGCUUCAUUCAGAUGACUGUCUGGGCCAAAGGGAAGCACAGAGCCUACAUCAGGGAGUUCAAGGACUACCCAAACCUCCGGAUGGCCAUUAUCCCCCUGAUUCUCUGAUAGUGAUCAAAAACAUGAAUUAUUGUAGCACAUACAGGGUGUAUAUUCUCUUCCCUCAAGUCUUUUUUACUAAAACAAAGAGCUUUGCUGCUGCUUAAGCGAGCACUAUGCAAGUUGUUUUUAUGAACUGGAAUGGGAAUGGGAGCAAUGAUAUUUUGGCAAUAUACUAGAGCAUUUGAAACUUUAGUGUGUAACUUUUUGAUAUUAUUGAACGUCUAUUACAUCCAAGCCAUUCCCAAAUGAGUUGCUACAAAGCUAAUUAAGACUAGCAGGCUAUGUUCAGAAUAUCGUGAUGUAUUGUGUGAAGAUAAAGACCUCUUCUGAAGAGUCCAUCAUGUUUUUUUAAUCCUCUGUGUCCUCCAUGGCUACUAGCAGCUGCGUGGAAGGGGGUUGGCACGGUCACAGAAGGCUUGUAUCGUGUGGACGUGCCGACAGUUUUGUUGUCAUUGCUUAUAAUUCCUCAUGGGGGAGACAGAAACUACUCACUGUAGCUUUAAACAGCUGGGGACAUUUUAAUUGUCUGUCCAGUUUCAACAUGUGUUUUAGUUUCUUCCUAGGAUGUGACGUUGUGAUGUGUAGUCAGUAAUGAGACUACAUACAUCUGCGUUGCUGCCAUAUUCUCUAUGCUUUCUUAGUCCUGGUUACACAUUAUUAUUGGAUAGUUUGAUGUUCAGGAUGUGACUAAAAGUUGAAAAUAGCACCUUAGCAUUUAAUAAGCAGCCCUUAUACAAACCAACUCACACACACCAUUAACACACAACACUAAUAAACUCAAAGAAGUAAAACCUAGCUUAUAAUAAAGUGCUUGUGGAAACUAGAAUUUAAAAUGUCAUGGCAUCUAUUUGAGAGUGCAACAUCCCAUUUAAGCUCUCUGGAGGAAAGCUGAUAAAGCAGACAUUUAAUUAUGCUAACAUUAGGCUUCUUCCCUGUAUAUCUCACAUGUUUUCUUCAGAGAAAUGGAAACAAUAUUGUAGAAGUGCAUCUUCUGGCAUUAAAUUGUUAUCAGGGAGUCAGUGAUAACUGUUGUUCCCCCGCCCUAAUGGCUCUAGUCUCAGGUUUUAUUCAACUCUUAAAAACUGUUUUGAAUGAAUAUGAAUGGGAGUAAUCUCAAGCAAUGUAAAUGUAUAAAAAAACAAACAGGAUGUCUUGGGAGGGGGAGGGGAAGAGGUCCACAUCGUAAGGAAAAAUGUAACUUUAUUUAACAUGAUGAC